AUGUAAUCUCUACGUAUUACAAACUACUCAGCAACAGGUUUAACAGUAAAACCAAACGAUAUUCCAAAAGACGUUUGGAAUAAUUUUAUAUGUGAUUAUCCUAGAUGUGGACCCGAAAUUCAAUUACCCAUGGACAAUAAUAAGAGAUACGCUAAGACAGCUGCAGUCUUGAUAGCAGCCAUAAUGGAUAGUUUGAUUAGUUGGUAAGAAAUUGAUGUACUGUAUGAAAUCAGAGAGUAAAUGCAGUUAGAUAAUGAAUAAACUAAAAAGAUUGUCGCAGAUUACAAUAAAUUUAUUAGUUAAAUUACUCCAUGUUUUGAAAAGGAUCAAGGAAGCAUUCAUUUGAAAUAAUAAAGAGAAUACAUCUACUCACAUUUAAACAAUUAAGAAGGAAUAGAACUGCUGUUUAAUGUGUACAGGUGUAUUCUAUUGAGUUUAUACACACAAAAAGCUAGUUCUUGUUUAGUUAGAAAUGGUAGAAAGUUGUCAAAGUAGGAGGCCAUUUUUGAAUUGUUGGGCAACUUGGAUGAAGACAAUCAAUUCAUUUUGAAAGACCAUCAUUAUAUAGCCAUAUCUACAAUAUUGGGAUUGCCUAUUCAUUGUUAUAUCAAUUAUAGCGAUGGACAAUAGAUGAUAAGAAAGAGAAUACAUCAAUUGGCAAAUAUUAGGUUUACAGUUGCUUUACUAUUUGAACCAGGUCACAAUAAUAAGUCAUCAAGAUCUGUAAGAAUAUUAUACCAAUAACACGAUUCAAUUUACUUGAACAAUUUAUUAACAAUAGAAUAAAAUAUAAAGAAAAAAAAGAAUAUUAUGCUGGCCAUCAAUAAAGUUUAAAAGGUCUUAGAGUCAGCUGUGAUUACAACUGUGCAACAUUGUUCAAAAAUAGUUGAAUAAAAGAUAGUCAAUCAAUUAUGGCCUGAUGAAUUUUAUUAGGAUCUGUAGAUUCUUGUUUAAUAAUUAAAUUUCAAGACUAUUAAAUUAGAUGAAAUAUUGUCGACAUUAGAUUAUAAUCUCUAAAUGCAGUUAGAUUCAUUCAAAAUCAUUUUUGAAAAUACUAAAUCUAUUCCUAAAUCAAACUCUGAGGUAUCUCCAAAUAGACAAAAGAUAUUUUAAAGCACUUAUUUUAGAAAUCAAUAAGCCAUAAUCAACUAUCAAAAUCAGAAAAUACAAAAGACUAAUGUUGUUUAAAUUCAAUAGCCAUCCUAGUCUCCACUUUUUGAAUCCCCAAUCAAAUAAUCAUAAAUUAUUUAACCUCCAAAAACGUAUUUAUAGACUACUGAGGAUAAACAAAGAUCUGUAUCCCCCUCUUCAUUAAAUAAAAAUAUUUCAAGGAGUUUAGAAUUUCAUGAUAAAGCAUUCAAAUUAAACAAAUCCUAAACCAAUUCUAUAUUAAAUACUUAAUAGAUUUAGUAAUAAUAACAACAAUGA